CGCCCCCCAGACCUGGCCCCGCCCCAGACUGGGCUGGAAAGUGGCGGAUCCGGUUUGUCCUGGGUGCAUCAGAAACCCGGGUUAGUGGAGGGAAUGCGGGGAGUCCGAUAGGUUGCGGUGGCUGCAGCAGCAUGGUGGGUGCGGAGAAGGAGCAGAGCUGGAUCCCCAAGAUCUUCAAGAAGAAGACGUGCACGACUUUCAUCGUUGACCCCGCAGAUCCGGGGGGGACCUUGUGCCAAUGUGGGCAUCCUCGGCGUGCCCACCCGUCAGUGGCUGUGGAGGAUGCGUUCGGGGCAGCCGUGGUGACCGUGUGGGACAGUAACUUACACACCACAGAGAAGCCCACAGAUGCCUUCGGGGACCUGGACUUCCUGGGAGCUGGCCGCAAGGCCAGCAAUUUCCUCCGGCUCUCUGACCGCACGGAUCCAGCUACAGUUUAUAAUCUGGUCACGCGCACAUGGGGCUUCCGGGCCCCGAACCUGGUGGUGUCAGUGCUGGGGGGGUCGGGGGGCCCCAUCCUCCAGACCUGGCUGCAGGACCUGCUGCGACGCGGUCUGGUGCGCGCUGCCCAGAGCACAGGGGCCUGGAUUGUCACUGGAGGGCUGCACCAGGGCAUUGGCCGGCAUGUUGGUGUGGCUGUGCGGGACCACCAGACGGCCAGCACUGGGGGCAGCAAGGUGGUGGCCAUGGGCGUGGCCCCCUGGGGUGUGGUUCGGAAUAGAGAGACACUCGUCAACCCCAAGGGCUCGUUCCCUGCGAGGUACCGGUGGCGCGGCGACCCCGAGGAUGGGGUGCAGUUUCCUCUCGACUACAACUACUCGGCCUUCUUCCUGGUGGACGACGGCACGCACGGCCGGCUGGGCGGAGAGAACCGCUUCCGCUUGGGCUUCGAGUCCUACGUCGCCCAGCAGAAGACGGGCGUGGGAGGGACUGGCAUUGACAUCCCUGUCCUCCUUCUCCUGAUUGAUGGUGAUGAGAAGAUGUUGCAGAGGAUAGAGGACGCCACUCAGGCUCAGCUCCCCUGCCUCCUGGUGGCUGGGUCAGGGGGAGCUGCAGACUGCCUGGCAGAGAUCCUGGAAGACACACUGGCUCCAGGAAGUGGAGGGGGCAGGCGACAUGAAGCCCAAGAUCGGAUUAAGCGUUUCUUCCCCAAAGGGGACCCUGAGGUCCUGCAGGCCCAGGUGGAGAGGAUCAUGACUCGGAAGGAGCUGCUGACAGUCUAUUCAACUGAAGACGGCCCUGAGGAAUUUGAAACCAUCGUUUUGAAGGCCCUUGUCAAGGCCUGUGGGAGCUCCGAAGCCUCAGCUUACCUGGACGAGUUGCGUUUGGCUGUGGCUUGGAACCGUGUGGACAUUGCCCAGAGUGAACUCUUCCGGGGGGACAUCCAGUGGCGGUCCUUCCAUCUGGAGGCCUCCCUUAUGGACGCGCUCCUGAAUGACCGGCCGGAAUUCGUUCGCUUGCUCAUCUCCCAUGGCCUCAGCUUGGGCCACUUCCUGACCCCGACGCGCCUGGCCCAGCUCUACAACGCAGCGCCCCCCAACUCGCUUAUCCGCAGCCUUCUGGACCAGGUGUCCCACAGCGCAGGCACCAAAACCCCAGCCCUUAAAUCCUCUGAGGAAUCACCACCCCCUAAGGUGGGGCAGGUGCUGCGGAUGUUGCUGGGGAAGACGUGCGCGCCGACGUUCCCCGCCGGGGGCACCCCCCUGAGCGAAGGCAACAGGGAGGAUGUAAGGAACCUGUCCUAUCUGCUGCCUGACAAACCUGCCUCAGAACUCUUGCUGGAAGGAAUCCCGGGGCAGGCCCCCUGGAGUGACCUGCUCCUCUGGGCACUGCUCCUGAACAGGGCUCAGAUGGCCGUGUACUUCUGGGAGAUGGGUUCCAAUUCCGUGGCCUCAGCUCUUGGGGCCUGUUUGUUGCUACGAGUGCUGGCGCGCCUGGAGACUGAGGCUGAGGAGGUAGCACGGAGGAAGGAUCUGGCUGCCAAGUUUGAGGGGCUGGGUGUUGUCCCCUCAUCUUUUCCCUCACACUGUGUUCCCGCUCCUUUCCCUCCCUCUCAUAUAAAUCUCCCACACCUAGACCUCUUUGGACAGUGCUACCGCAGCAGUGAGAACCGGGCCGCUCGCCUGCUCCUUCGGCGCUGCCCGCUCUGGGGCGAUUCCACCUGCCUCCAGCUUGCCACGCAGGCUGAUGCCCGUGCCUUCUUUGCCCAGGACGGAGUACAGUCUCUGCUGACACAGAAGUGGUGGGGGGAGAUGGACAGCACCACCCCCAUUUGGGCCCUGGUUCUCGCCUUCUUUUGCCCCCCACUCAUCUACACCAACCUCAUCACCUUCAGGAAGUCAGAUGAGGAGCCCACGCAGAAGGACCUGGCAUUUGACGUGGAUAAAAGCGUCAACGGGGAAGGGCCUGUCGAGCCAGCAGACCCCCCUGAGAAGAUGCCCUUAGGGGUGCUGAGGCCGCCACGCCACAGGGGCUGCUGCGGGGGGUGCCCCCCGCGCCUGCGCCGCUGGCCCCAGUUCUGGGGGGCGCCAGUGACAGCCUUCAUGGGCAACGUGGUCACCUACCUCCUCUUCCUGCUGCUCUUCGCCCACGUGCUGCUCAUCGACUUCCAGCCCGAGCUGCCCGGCGGCCCGGAGCUGCUGCUCUACUUCUGGGCCUUCACCCUGCUCUGCGAGGAGUUCCGCCAGGGCCUGGGGGGCGGCCUGGGCAGCCUGGCGGGGGGGGGCCCCGGGGCCGACUCCCACCAGGCCUCCCUGAGCCGCCGGCUGCACCUCUACCUCUCCGACACCUGGAACCAGUGCGACCUGGUGGCCCUCACCUGCUUCCUCCUGGGCGUGGGCUGCCGGCUGUCCCCAGGCCUGUAUGACCUUGGCCGCACUGUCCUCUGCCUCGACUUCAUGAUCUUCACGCUGAGGCUGCUGCAUAUCUUCACAGUCAACAAACAGCUGGGGCCCAAGAUCGUUAUCGUGAACAAGAUGAUGAAGGAUGUGUUCUUCUUCCUCUUCUUCCUCUGCGUGUGGCUCGUUGCCUACGGGGUGGCUACGGAGGGGCUCCUCAGGCCCCGUGACCGUAGCCUCCCGGGCAUCCUGCGCCGCGUCUUCUAUCGGCCCUACCUGCAGAUCUUUGGGCAGAUCCCCCAGGAGGACAUGGACGUGGCCCUCAUGGAUCACGGCAACUGUUCGUCGGAGCAGGGCUUAUGGGGGCUCCCCCAAGGGCGCCAGGCAGGCACCUGCGUCUCGCUUUAUGCUAACUGGCUAGUGGUACUCCUCCUUGUCAUCUUCCUGCUUGUGGCCAACAUCCUGCUGCUCAAUUUGCUCAUCGCAAUGUUCAGCCAUACCUUCGGCAAAGUACAAGGCAACAGCGACCUCUACUGGAAGGCGCAGCGCUACAGCCUCAUCCGGGAAUUUCAUUCUCGGCCUGCACUGGCCCCGCCCCUUAUUGUCAUCUCGCACGUGCGCUCCCUCAUCCGUCGAUUGCGCAGGCGCCGGGCCCGCUUGCCACCUUCCCCAGGCUUAGAGCAUUUUCGGGUCCACCUCUCGAAGGAAGCAGAGCGGAGGCUGUUGACGUGGGAGUCAGUGCAAAAGGAGAAUUUCCUGCUGGCGCGUGCUCGGGAACAGCGGGAGAGCGACUCCGAACGUCUGAAGCGCACGUCGCAGAAGGUGGACACAGCACUGAAGCAGCUGAGACAGAUCCGCGAGUAUGAGCAGCGUCUGAAAGGGCUGGAACAGGAGGUCCAGCACUGUAACCGUGUCCUGGGCUGGGUAGCUGAGGCCUUGAGCCGCUCUGCGUUGCUUCCCCCAGGGGGUCCGCCGCCCCCAGCCCCGCCUGGGCCCAAAGGUGCUACAGCUGGUGGCCGCACACAGUUCAGGUGGAGGCUUCCAAGCAUCACGGAGCUCUGAUGGGCAGUGCUGCCCUGGGAGAGGAUGCUUCUCAGUCUAGGCUGCUCAUUGGAAUCAACUGGGAGCUUUUUUUUCCCUUAUCAACUAGGAGCUUUUUUAAAAAACAAGAGCUGUAAUUUUUUUGAGCCAUCAUUUACAGACAGUAAGCAGUGCAGAUAUUAAACGGACACGUCAAUGAGUUUUGACCAACUACCCAUGUCACCAACAUCCCAAUCAAGAUAAAAAAUAUUUCCAUCACUACAGAGAGUUCCCUUCUGCCCCUUUCCAGUGUGUUCCCUCCACUCCAGAGGCAACUACUGAUUCCCAUUCCUACAUGCUCGUUUUGCCUGUGCUUCGAUUUCAUAUAAAUAGAUUCAUGCAAUGUGUCGUCUUUUAUGUCUGGCUUGUUCCAUCCAAUGUAAUGUCUGAGGGUCAUCCAUGUGGUUGCAUAUAUCAUUAGUUCAUUUCUUUUAAGUGAUGAAUAGUAUUCUAUUGGUUGAAUGAA